AAUCGAAACGGCGCGCGCACCGUGAACAAAACGUCAUAAUGCUUUUCCCGCCGAGGAUUGUGGGUAAAGAGUCCCUCUCCGGUCAAGAUGUCUGACAUGGAAGAUGAUUUUAUGUGCGAUGAUGAGGAGGAUUAUGACCUGGAAUACUCUGAGGACAGCAACUCUGAACCGAAUGUGGAUUUGGAGAAUCAGUAUUAUAACUCCAAAGCCCUCAAAGAAGAUGAUCCUAAAGCAGCCCUGAGCAGCUUUCAGAAGGUGCUGGAACUGGAGGGUGAAAAAGGAGAAUGGGGGUUCAAAGCACUAAAACAGAUGAUUAAGAUCAACUUCAAACUGACAAAUUUUCCUGAAAUGAUGAACCGGUAUAAACAACUGUUGACGUAUAUACGGAGUGCUGUCACCAGAAAUUACUCUGAGAAGUCCAUCAACUCUAUUCUAGACUAUAUCUCAACCUCCAAACAGAUGGACUUGCUACAGGAGUUUUAUGAGACAACCCUAGAAGCUUUAAAAGAUGCUAAAAAUGACAGACUUUGGUUCAAAACUAACACCAAGCUAGGCAAGUUGUACCUUGAAAGAGAAGAAUUUGGAAAGCUCCAGAAGAUUCUCAGGCAGUUGCACCAGUCAUGUCAGACGGAUGACGGAGAGGACGAUCUUAAGAAGGGCACUCAGCUGUUAGAGAUCUAUGCUUUGGAGAUCCAGAUGUAUACCGCCCAGAAAAACAACAAAAAGUUGAAAGCCCUCUAUGAGCAGUCGCUACACAUCAAAUCCGCCAUCCCACAUCCACUCAUCAUGGGAGUCAUCAGAGAAUGUGGUGGUAAAAUGCACUUGAGGGAGGGAGAGUUUGAGAAGGCACAUACAGAUUUUUUUGAGGCGUUCAAAAACUACGACGAAUCUGGAAGCCCCAGACGAACCACUUGCCUUAAGUACUUGGUCUUGGCCAACAUGCUGAUGAAGUCUGGAAUCAACCCGUUUGAUUCUCAAGAGGCAAAACCCUACAAAAAUGAUCCAGAAAUCCUAGCAAUGACAAACCUGGUAAGUGCUUACCAGAACAAUGACAUCACAGAAUUCGAGAAAAUCCUGAAGACGAAUCACAGCAACAUAAUGGAUGAUCCCUUCAUCAGAGAACAUAUUGAGGAAUUGUUACGGAACAUAAGAACACAAGUGCUCAUCAAAUUGAUUAAGCCUUACACUAGGAUACACAUACCUUUUAUUUCAAAAGAGUUGAACAUUGAUGUUGCAGAUGUGGAAAGCUUGCUUGUGCAGUGUAUUUUAGACAAAACAAAGAAAGUCACACAUCUGGGAUGGCAUGAGGUACGGUCAACGGUAGAAUUGACCAGGUCAAUCAGCUGUUGGAGCUCGAUCACCAGAAAAGAGGUGGAGCCCGAUACACCGCUCUGGAUAAAUGGACCAAUCAGCUGAACUCUCUCAACCAGGCCAUUGUUAGCAAACUGGCUUGAUUUGACACUGAUGAUCUGGGGAAACAAAUUCACCCUGCAGGCAGCCGCUUGACUUAAGGCUGUCAGUGACAUUAACUACUUUCAAGCCCUGUACUCCCCACUCGUUGACAAAAAGGGGGAUGUAAAUUUGGCUAGUUUGUGUUUUUACAGCUGUAAUCACUUAAGUCAGUUUUAAAUGUUCUUAACAAAGAAGCAAUUCCUGCAGUAUGUCUGCUGUAUUGAAUUAAGACUUUAAUAUGAAAAUGUUCCCAAUGUGGUUGCAUCAUCUGAAAUUUUUUACAUUAAUAGCACAUAUUGACACUUAGUUAUGGCAAAGAUUCGAAAAGCAUACAUUUGUCUUUAUUGGCAAGUAGGAGGACAUGCUGUGUGAAAUUGCAACAUUUGUUGAACUGUUUCUGCAUAUUUUACUUGGUUUGCAUAAAAUUCAUUUAAGUUUUAUGGAGUUGCACCACAGCACAAGUGUAUUAUAAAUUGCAGUCAUUGCUAGAAUUCCUCUCAUGAAACAUGACAGAUCUGUUCAAACUGUGCUGGCUGAACUCUUUUGUUUCAGUUUCAAACAUUAAAAAUAAAAGAUGCAUUGGUUGCUUCAUCAGAA